AAUCCCCAAAAACCUCACGCUAAACCCUAAAUCAUCGUUUUUGCUGUUAACGUCUGAACAAGAGCUAUUAAGUAGAGAGAAACUUGAAGCCUUUGGUUGAAAUUCUGUUUUGUCCAUUGGCCUACGAGGAAGAAAGAUGGCUCGUGUUCGAAGUAAGAAGAGGAAGAUUUACGUGAAACCGAUUGUGAAAAAGAAUCAGGGAAAUGUAGAUCAUAUCACAGGUGAAAAAAUCCCGAAGAGCUUUGUGUUUUCUAGAGGGAAGUUGCCCGGUCCGCUCAAGCAACUUCAGAUGGACCUAAGAAAGCUUAUGCUUCCGUACACAGCCCUUCACCUUAAGGAGAAGAAGAGAAAUAAUCUUAAAGAUUUUUUGAACGUUGCAGGGCCUAUGGGUGUCACGCAUUUUCUUAUACUGUCAAAAACUGAAACUGCACCCUAUCUGAGGGUGGCAAAGACUCCACAAGGCCCAACUCUUACAUUUAAAAUACAAGAGUAUUCAUCGGCACUUGAUGUUGCUCAGUCUCAAUUGCGCCCUAGAUGCCCUCAAGACCUUUUCAAAAAUCCUCCAUUGAUUGUUCUUUCCGGAUUUGGGUCAGGAGAACAGCAUCUGAAACUCACAGCUAUAAUGUUUCAGAACAUCUUUCCAGCAAUUGAUAUUAACACUGUCAAACUUUCAUCUUGCCAGAGAAUUGUGUUACUUAACUACAACAAAGACACAAAGCUUAUUGAUUUUCGGCAUUAUUCCAUUAGACUCCAACCUGUAGGUGUCUCCCGAAGACUCAGAAAGUUUGUUCAGAACCAUCAAGUCCCUGAUCUUAGGAGUCUCCAAGACGUGAGUGACUUUAUUACAAAGGCUGGUUAUGGAUCAGAAAGUGAAGCAGAUGAAGAAGCAGCAACAGUGACUCUGGCUAGUGAUCUUGGUAGAGUUAACAGGGCUUCCACAAAAUGUGCCGUGAAGCUUCAGGAAAUUGGACCCAGAAUGACUCUAGAACUCAUCAAAGUUGAGGAAGGAUUGUGUUCUGGUAGUGUCAUCUUCAAUGAAUAUGGAACUGUCAGUGACAAGAAAAAGCAGGAACAGGAAACUCAGAAAAAUGAGGAAGAAGAUGAAGAAAAUGAGAACGAGGAAGAUGAUGAGGAUCUUGAAGAGAAUAAGGAAGAUGGCGAUGAAGACAGUGACUAGCCAACCUAGAAACUGUAACGUACAAUGGGGCAUAAAUUACGUUAUUGCUCAUGCCGUGGAUGACUGUGCCCAAAUGUUGAGAGGAUGCUUAUGCAUUUCCUUUUUUAGUAUUUUUCAAGGUUUUAAAUAGCAAUAGAGCUCUUUGUAUUUUUCAAGGUUUUAAAUAGCAAUAGAGCUGUGAUAGUAGAUCAAUUUUUAAAUUUGGUUAUAUGCAUUACAUGUUACAGAGAUUAUUUCCAUGAAAUGAAAAUAGAAUCCAAUGGCCUCCA